CAAUUCCAAUUUUGGUGUGCAGUCCAUCGAGACAAACCCUGGGAGAGAAGAGAAUCAAUCAUGUUGAAGUUCUUAUCAAAAGUGAAGAUCGAAUUCAAUGCCCUAGACCCACGCACGGCGGCAUGUAUGGAGUUUUUGGCUCAGUGCAAUGCUCGAACAGCGAAGGAAUCAAACCCUUCGUGUCAGCUAUUGGUGAAGCGCCGCACUGACAGCCACCCACCGCAGAUCUCCGUGACGUUCGUGAACGGAGUCGAGGAGGUUUUUGAUGCCACUUCCACACCUGCGCAGACUAUCAGGAAGAUGAUUCUGGAAAAAGGCACGCAGCUGGAGACUGAGCAAAUGUUUCGUGAAGCCGGCGAGAAGUGGCCUGUUAUUAUUCCAGAGGAAGAGCUCCGUCAAUCGUUCCCCGGUACCAAGCCAAGGAAAGCAGAAGACAAGAAGCAAUAGCUGAAAACUUUCCAUCUUUAUAGGAUAAUGAAGUGGAUGAAUGAUGAUUACUUCAUGUUUGCAGAUUAAUUACAAUUCAAAACAGUUUUGUAUUGGAAUCAACAUAAACAUCCUUUGUUUUAAACUUAAAACUUGUGGUUCCAAUCAAGCUUUACUUUACCAUUUCA